GGAGAAAUCCCCAAAUCCAUCCAUCACAAACCCUAGAAUCAACUCUCGAUUCAAAGCAGGGCAACGUAACGAUGUUCAGAGUUGCGAACGCGUCGGAGUAUCUGGCGAUCACCGGAGCCGGGAUCUCCGACAUAAAGCUCGCGAAGAAGUCGUGGGUGUUUCCUGGUCAGCAAUGGACCAAGUUCGACGUGUCUCCGGUCAACUACACGUUCGAGGUCCAGGCCAUGAGCGCCGAGAAGCUUCCCUUCAUCCUCCCCGCCGUCUUUACCAUCGGUCCUCGCGUCGACGACCCGGACUCCCUCCUCAAGUACGCCAAGCUCAUGGCGUCUCACGACAAGCAGUCCAACCACGUCAAUGAACUCGUUCAGGGUGUCAUCGAGGGCGAGACUCGUGUCCUCGCCGCCUCCAUGACCAUGGAGGAGAUUUUCAAAGGGACGAAGGAGUUCAAGAAGGAGGUGUUCGAGAAGGUUCAACUAGAGCUAAACCAGUUUGGUCUCUUGAUCUACAACGCCAAUGUCAAGCAGCUUGUGGACGUCCGUGGCCAUGAGUACUUCUCUUACUUGGGCCAGAAGACUCAGAUGGAGGCGGCCAACCAGGCCAAGAUUGACGUCUCUGAGGCCAAGAUGAAGGGAGAGAUUGGAUCCAAGACCCGUGAAGGUCUUACCCUCCAGAACGCAGCUAAGAUCGACGCCGAGACAAGGAUCAUCUCAACACAGAGGGGAGGAGAAGGGAAGAAGGAGGAGAUCAAGGUGAAGACCGAGGUCAAGGUGUUUGAGAACGAGAAGGAGGCUGAUGUGGCCAAAGCCAACGCCGAACUGGCCAAGAAAAAGGCUGUCUGGAAGAAGGAGGCUGAGGUUGCCGAGGUGGAGGCAGCAAUGGCGGUGGCUUUGAGGGAUGCUGAGCUUCAAAGACAGGUUGAGAAGAUGAAUGCAUUGAAGAUGACUGAGAAGCUUAGGGCAGAACACCUCACCAAAGCCAGUGUUGAGUAUGAAACUCGGGUACAAGAAGCGAACUGGGAACUCUACAAGAAGCAGAAACAAGCAGAGGCAGUUCUGUACCAGAGACAGAAAGAAGCCGAGGCCCAGAAAGCGGCAGCGGACGCAACCUUCUACUCGAAACAGAAGGAAGCCGAGGGGCUUGUGGCCUUGGCCAAUGCCCAGGGCGCUUACCUAAAAACCCUACUCGACGCAUUGGGCGGCAACUACUCGGCCUUAAGGGAUUACAUGAUGAUUAACAACGGCGUGUACCAAGAAAUCGCCAGGACAAACGCUGAAGCUGUGAGAGAGUUGAAGCCUAAGAUCAGCGUUUGGAACAGCGGUAGCGAUCAGGGCGUUGAAAACGUUAAUGGCGGUAUGAAGGACAUUGCUGGGCUGUACAAGAUGUUGCCUCCGGUUCUGGAGACGGUUUACGAUCAAACCGGUAUGCAGCCUCCGGCUUGGAUCGGUUCUCUUGCUUGUGCUGAGCCGAAACAACAGUCUUCUUCCCCUAGACGUGGCUGAGUCCUUUUUUUUUUUCUGCCACGUAGUUUAUAUCUGUUAUGGGGUUUAUAAUAUACUUUUCUUUAGGGUUUA